GGGACUCUUGCUGACAAGGCUAGUUGAUCCCUACGUAAUCUUCAAGCGACAGUUUACACGACCUUCUGGAACAGUAAUGAAAAUGUGAUGUUAUAUCGCUGUCUAGUUAAAGUCUGUGGAAAAUAUUUCAGAAUCAAUAUACAUAAACUCCCCCAUUAAGGAUGCUACGCAUAACUCUUGGAACAUGUGGCAGAAGCAUAGCGCAUCGGUUAAUGUCAUCGGUUGUUGGGGAAAAUGCACUGCCAUCCAAUCUACGAAUCCCUUCAAAUCUCGUUGACGUCCGCCGCACUAAGCGAGCACUUCCGUGCAACGAAGACCUCCCUGUGUUGCACAGGUGUGAAGAGGACAUUCCUGCACAUCUCACCUCCAAACAAACGUGGGUGGAGACAUUAGCAAGUCGUGAUUAUAAACCUGUGGGUCUUGUGGACCUCCACCCUGACGUAUUUGCUGUUCAGGCCAGGAUCGACAUCCUCCACGAAGUGGAAACCUGGCAAAGAAACUUCAAAAGAAUUAGCCAUGCCCACACAAAGGUUCGAAGUGAGGUUCGUGGUGGAGGUCGGAAACCAUGGAACCAAAAGGGUAGUGGACGUGCUCGUCAUGGUAGCAUCCGAUCGCCUAUCUGGAGAGGAGGAGGUGUGGUGCACGGGCCAAGGGGACCCACAAGCUAUUACUACAUGCUGCCCAUGAAAGUGCGCGUGCAAGGACUGAAGAUUGCUCUCAGCUCUAAAUUCACACAGGAUUACCUCCGAAUUGUUGACAGCCUAGAGAUUCCCACCCCGGACUCUCAAUACCUUGUGGAUCUGGUAGCACACAGACACUGGGGCGAUUCUGUCUUAAUUGUAGAAGCUGGUGAUGAAAUCCCAGAGAACCUUCUGCAGGCUACAGCAAACCUCAAACAGAUCAAUAUAAUUCCAGCAGUAGGUCUAAAUGUCCACAGCAUGCUGAAACAUGAAACUCUGGUCCUCACCCUGGAAGCUGUGAAGUUCUUAGAAAAGAAACUGCUUUGGCAUGACACGCGUUACUCACCGAUAUAUCCCUUCAAACUCCCUUACUCAGACCUGCCAUAAAUGUCACCAAGAUUUCAGUUCAAUAAAAAUGUUUAUUUAAUAAAA